AUGGCGACGCAGGUGGCGGAGCACCGGCCGCAGAGGCACCCCGACAACCCGGUGGUCUUCUUCGACAUCUCGAUCGGAGGUCACCCAGUUGGCCGCAUCAAGAUGGAGCUGUUCCGCGACGUGGUGCCGAAGACGGCCGAGAACUUCAGGCAGCUGUGCACUGGGGAGUUCAAGCUCAACAAGGUGCCGAUCGGGUACAAGAACUGCACCUUCCACCGCAUCAUCAAGGACUUCAUGAUCCAGGGCGGUGACUUCGUGAAGGGCGACGGUACGGGCAGCCUGAGCAUCUUCGGGGAGCGGUUCCCCGACGAGAACUUUGUUCUGAAGCACGACAAGCCUGGCUUGCUGUCCAUGGCCAACAGCGGGGCCAACUCCAACGGCUGCCAAUUCUUCAUGGCGUGCAACAAGUGCGACUGGCUCGACAACAAGCACGUGGUGUUCGGACAGGUGCUGGAUCCCGCCUCGAUGCUGGUGACAGGAAGAUCGAGAACGUGCAGUGGGAGCUGGGAGCAAGCCACGCCUCUCGUGCUAUCACCAGAGUGCGAGGGAGCUCUGAGAGGGGCCCUCACCCAGGCCGCACGCCCUUCCCUGCGUGCCAGCGAACGGGCCGGGGACGACGCGGGCGCGCGCAGCGCGCGGGUGCCCCCGACGCCCGCGGCGAUCCCGGGGCCGCCCCGGACGCUAUUCUUUGUGAAGACGCUAUUCUCUGUGAAGACGGUGAAGACGCUAUUCCCGGUGAAGACGCUAUUCUGGGUGAAGACGCUAUUCCCGGACUCGAACGAGCGCUCCAGCGGCGGCGACAGGCGAGACGACCGGCGCUCCCCGUCGUACCAGCAGGGAGGGCCUCGGGGGUCGCGCUCAAGGGAUGGCCGGCCACCACCAGGAAGGCGGCGAGCCCGUCUGCUCAGGCGACGACUGGGGCGGCUUCUCGGAGGAAGACACCUGGGCGGACGAGGCGGCCGCGGGCGCUCUCCGUCGGGGGGGCAGCGGCGCCAGCAGCCGGGGUGGUACCAGCCGAAGCCGUCGGAGGUGCAGGGCAAGUAUCGCAUGAAGAUAGAGAGGCUACCAGAGGACAUGGGCUGGCUAGAGCUGAAGGGUCUGGGGUCGAAGAUGGCCAAAGUCGGCCAGUGCACCUUCUCGAGGACCAAUCGCGAUCGCACUGGCGUCCUGGAGUUCACCAGCCGCGAGGACAUGGACAGAGCCAUCAGCGAGCUCGACGGGCGCCGCUUCAGCGGAUCCGAAGAGCGCGUCAAAGCGUACGAGGAGAGGAACAGCCGCUGAUAGAAGCGGCCCGUGCACUUUUAGUGCUUUGGGAUUCCUCGGUGCAGAAGUGCAAGUGCCGAGACCUCUGACGCAACUCUCCCAUGUGCUGUUUGCGACGGCCCAUCUGGCAUCGGUUUGCUCAGGAGGUUGUCUGCCCGCAUACCCACAAGUGGCGGCCGUGACGUGUUGCGCGCACGCGCGGUGCGUUUACUCGCAUUACGCGUGAGAGUUUCGUCGAUGCGGAGGUUCCGUCGCAUAUGUGUUCGCGGGCAAUAUCAAUCCGUUGUUGGGUACAUGUGACGAGGGAGUAGCGUGGAUGCUCGCUUUGCAGUCGCAGAGCAGGUUCGAAUGCCAGCGAAGAACCGCAUUUCAUGUUGUCGCGUUGGCAUCGCCGGCGAUCGCGCUCUAGCAAUUGCGAGCCCUCCGCGUUAUGAAGUAGUGGCGCCCACGCCAGCGCGAAUGCAGCUUAGCAGAGCAAUGUCGUUCCUCUGCUAUAGGAUCUGAGGCCUCUGUGUGCAAGUUGCUGGUCCCUACGGGAUGUGCCAGCGGUCAUCAUAGACGAACGUGCGGCACCCUAUCUUGGCAAAAGUUCGCAUCUCGGGUGGGCUCCCGCCUCUGCAUUAGCAGUCAGGCGGUGCAGAAGUUGUGCUGCGUGAGCUUGACAGAAAAAC